AAAAAAAUACGCAAGUAACUUAUCCCAUCUGUAAUCUGCUUUCGCACAAAGGGCUCCACUCUUCUCGCCAAGUUUUCGAAUUCCUCCCGAAAUCCCAUCUCGUCCAAACUUUACGAGGCACGUUUUCUCCACUGUACGGAAUAGUAAAAGCUAUAAAGAUGUCUGCUCUCUUGACAACUGGCUUACUGGCGCGGCCAUUUUUCUUGCCAGCCAAGUACAAUCAUUGUGGUAAUCAAAAUAAUUCUGGCUACUAGCGCCAAUGGCUUCAGGAAGGGCUAUUGCGCAUGAGCAAGUAUAAUGCGUGACAGCAACCAAGGCGGGGUGAAGGACGAAAAAGUGGCUAUCAGAGAAGUUAUAACUGAUUUUGGAAACAUCAAGGAGACUUUGGCAGAAUAAGAAUUCGGAUUUUAAAAUCAGAGCAGUGGGUGAAGGAGGGCAGAGUUCACUGGGAGCGGAAGUGAGAGGUCUGGUACUCUGCGGGCGGAGUGACACAGGGGAGUGUGGACUCUGUAAAGACGCGAAUUUACUCACUAUAGCGUGGCCAUUUUACCAGCUGGCAUUUGUGGAUUUCUGGCCUGGUGAUUUGGUGAACUUUCAAUCUGGGUAUUCCUUGCCAUCCGCAGCUCUCCUCUUUUCUCCUCCUCCCUAUCAACAGCUCUGCCUUUUUAGGCCUUUGCCUUCUCUCCACAACAGUCAGACAUGACUAAGUUCCGGGGAUCAGUGUCAUUCGAAGAUGUGGCUGUGGACUUCACCCAGGAGGAAUGGAAUCAACUGGACCCUUCUCAGAGGACCCUAUACAGAGAUGUGAUGCUAGAGAAUUAUAGCCAUCUUGUCUCUCUGGGAUAUCCUAUUACCAAGCCAGAUUUGAUUGCCUCUUUGGAGCAGGGAGUCCUUGGGAUCAUAAAGAGAGAAAUCCCUAGUUCAAGUUGUUCAGAUGGGCAAGCUGAAGACCAGCUGGAGAGGCACCAGGAAAACCAAAACAGAUACCUGAAGCAAGCUAUACCCAUUGAUGAGAAAUAUGUGGCUAAGGAAGGAGGUCGUGAAUGUGAUGGAUUUGUAAACCCACUUCCUCAGAGCACAUGGGUAGUUUCUUCAGGACAUGCACCCUAUAUAAAUGACUCAUAUGGUAAAACUUUUAAGGAUAAUCUGGGCCUAUUCAGUCCUAAUAGUCUCAGCUUUGCAGCUCAGCAAUGUUACGAAUGUAAUGGAUGUGGAAACUUAUUAAUUCAUGGCAGGCAUGAGAUAAAUAAUGGAAUGAAACCCAAUAACUAUAAUAUGUAUGAGACAGAUCAUAGUCAUAACUUUGUUCAGCAUGAUAUGACUCAGGCCGGUGAGAAAACCUAUGAAUGUCCUGAGUGCAGACUAACCCUCAGCACAAAUUCACUCCUUAUUGUUCAUCAGAUCACUCACAUAGGAGAAAAACCUUAUGAAUGUACAGAAUUCAGAGACACAUUUGACAAGACCACACACCUCAGUAUACACCAGACUGUGCACAGAGGAGACAAACUCUUUGCAUGUAAUGAGUGUGGCAAAUCAUUCAGAGAGGAAUCCACACUGCAUAUACAUCAAAGAACUCAUACAGGUGAAAAACCAUAUGUGUGUGCUGAGUGUGGCAAAGCCUUCCAGGAAAAGACAAAGCUAAUUAUACACCGGAGAACUCACAAAGGAGAGAAGCCCUAUAAAUGUUCAGAUUGUGAGAAAACCUUCAACCAGAAGGCACACCUCAGUGUACAUCAGAGAACACACACAGGGGAGAAACCUUUUGAAUGCAGUGAUUGUGGAAAAUACUUCAGAGAGAAAUCAACCCUGAAUAUACAUCAAAGAACUCAUACAGGAGAGAAACCAUAUUUGUGCAAUGAGUGUGGCAAAGCCUUCCGAGAGAAGACAAAGCUCAUCAUACAUCAGAGAACACACACAGGAGAGAAACCUUAUGAGUGCUCAGAGUGCGGGAGGGCCUUCAACCAAAAGGCACACCUCAGCGUACACCAGAGAACACACACAGGGGAGAAGCCUUUUGAGUGCAACGAAUGUGGCAAAGCUUUCAGAGAGAAAUCAACACUGCGCAGACAUCAAAGAAUUCACACAGGAGAGAAACCAUAUGUAUGUCCAGACUGUGGAAGAGCCUUCACCCUGAAGCUGAGCCUCAGUGCUCAUCAGAAAAUUCAUACGGGAGAAAAAACAGAUGGAUGUACUGUAUGUGGAAAAGUCUUUUCCCGGAAGUCAUAUCUCAUGCUACAUCAGAGAUCUCACACAGGGGAAAAAUUUGAGAAAUCUUAUGAAUGCAAUGAAUGUGAUAAAGCAUUCUUCCAGAAAUCAUAUCUGAUUAUUCAUCAGAGAGUUCACACAGGGGAGAAACCCUAUGAGUGUAAUGUAUGUGAAAAAGCUUUCUCCCAGAAGUCAUAUCUCAUUAUACAUCAAAGAACUCACACAGGAGAGAAGCCCUACAAAUGUGAUCAGUGUAGCAGAGCCUUCAGAGAGAAGUCCAAACUCACUGUACACCAGCGAAUUCACAUAGAGAAGCCCUAUGACUGCUCGGAAUAUGAGAAAAACCUUCCAGAGGUCAUAGCUCAUCAUGGGUUCAACAACUCAGAGGGAAGAAAAACCAAGGAACUGAAAACAGAACAUCUUUCAUAGCAAAGUUAAAAAAGAAACUAGAGUACAAAAAGUGAGGUGGGUGAUUGUGCUUUAGCUUGGGUGAUCAGGGCAGGCUUUUCUGAGGACCCAAUAUUUGAGCUUAAAUUUGAAAAUGAUGUACCAGCCUUACUGGGGGAAGAGCAUUCUAGGCAGAAGUAGUAACAAGAUCCAAGGUCCUAAAGCAAAACCUUGGCCUUUGGACUUGGAUCAUGGGUGUAUAUUUUGUUAUAACUUUCUUUAUGGUACUGUAGAUUGAACCCAGUGCUUCCCACAUGCUAAGCAAGUGCUCUACCACUGAGCUACAUCCCUAGCCCUAUCAUGGGUGUACAUUGGAUGACCAUUUUACACCAAAGAGGUUGUUCAACACUGAAAUCUUUUGAAGCCUUCAGUACAUGAGAGCUGUCAGUUUGGAGGAUAAACUUUAUCAUAAAUCUAGGCAGAAUCAUCAAGGGUAACCCAAUUUAAUUAGUUUCAAUAAGUAUAGUCCCUUGGAAAUGAUGUAAAGGAAAUACAUUUCCAAAUUUUUUUUUUUUUUGGUACCGGGGAUCGAACUCGGGUCCUUGCACUUGCGCCACAGGGGGCGAAACCACUGAGCUAAAUCCCCGGCCCUACAUUUCCAAAUUUAAUACCAAACUCUCAGAGAAGAAAAUUAAUAAAAUUUGUUAAGAAUACCUGUUUUGUCAUCUCAUAGUGGGGAAUAAGUGCUACCUCCAAGGAGAAAAGGUUUAUCGAAUGAUAUGAAAACACAGAUUUAGAGAUAACCACUAAAGGAACAACAAUGAAGACAAUACUGUAAAUGUUCCAAAUUAUUAGAAAAGGAUGCAUAUUCAGAACAAUGUAAAGAAAACAACACUAGGGCAUCAAAUCCAGUUUCCAGAAGUAACAACAGUUGAUAAUGCCAGUGUUUCCACCACAGCAUGCUCUGUGGGCAAGAUGUUGGCUCAGUUUCUCUGUGUGGACCUCUUCCCUUUCUGAGCCCCAUUAUCCAACCUUUUCAGAGAGACUAUAAGCUGCUUGAUAGGCUUGUAGAAGAUCUACUUUUGACUUAUAUUUACCAGAGUUCGUUUAUACUGCUUUUGAUGAAUAAUUAUCACAUUCAGAAUUCAGCACCCAGAGUGAUGGCACCCUUUAUGGACCCCCAAGGAGAUGUAAGAUUUGCUUAUCUCUGUUGGUUGAGCUGAACACAGGGGUAAUCCAGUUGGCAUUAAAGAAUGAGACUCAAGCUUUCUCUGGCCUGCACUGGCAGCUAGCUGUUUUAAUGAUCAUCUAUGCUUAUCUUGGAUGACGUGAACACUGGAAAUAAGGCUUUGGUAUUUGAGUAACCACCGUCAACCAAAGAGUACAAAGGACAUGAAGGACUACUUCAUGAGAGUGGUUGCUUCCAGUGAGGCUGGCCAGUGAAAAGAAAAAGAAAAGAAUGGUAAGUUCAAAUUCCUAAAUGCUCUGCUCAAGACACAGACUGAAACCCAGGAAUUCUGUACAAAGAAAUUAUUACCUUGUGUAUCCUUUGCAUUCCUUGCCUAAAUUCCCAGUCUUUCAUUUGGAAUUUAGGAUUCUGAUUGUGAAAUAGCAUUGUGAGGCUAACAGCAAGGAUAGUGAUGUGUGGGAGGAUGUAGAAGAGUGUGAAUAUUUUAGAUUCCCAGUUCCCACUGAGCUUGUGUUAGCUGAAUCCAAUUCAUUUUCCCCUGAAGAGAUUGUAUCUGUCUUAAAUAAAGACCCUGUAGUGGCUCAA